CUCAGUGCUGGAGAGAUGAGCCAGCAGGACGGCGCAUCAUGGCUGCCUUCAGCUCUGCUGCUUCUCUGGGUCCCAGGUUCUUUGUCUCUGAGUGGCCCCAGCACCGUGGAGGGCACCGUGGGGGCGUCCCUGACCGUGCAGUGUCGCUACGAAAAGAAGUUCACAGAAAAUAUCAAAUACUGGAGAAAAGAGAAAUAUUGGAUCUUCUGGGAUACUGUGCUGACCACAGAGUCAGAGAGGAAAGGCCACGUGUCCAUCAGGGACCAUCCGGCGAACCUCACCUUCACUGUGACCUUGGAGAACCUCGCAAAGGAUGAUGAAGGCACAUACGAGUGUGGGAUCGAUGUACCACUGGCUCAGGACCCCACCUCCAAGGUCGUGGUGUCUGUGUUUCCAGCAGCACCAGCAUCUACCACCUACAAGUCACCUACGACUGUCACCAGUGCCAAGACCUCCGCAGUCACAACUGAAAUUCCAACUGAGCCCACAGCUUUGCCUGUAGUGAACGUCACCUACACCGCAAACAGCCAGAAGGACCUCCAGCAGAACCAGGACUGGAGGCUCUAUGUGCUGCUCUCGUUGUUAGCAAUUCUGCUGCUUCUGUUGGGGGGCACCUCACUGCUGGCCUGGAGCAGGAGAUGGACCAGAGCUGGUGGGAAUCCAGAGCCACCGCAGAAUCCCAGGCAGGGUCCCCAGCAGACCGAGCCCUGCUAUGCCAACCUGGAGCUGCAGACACAGCGUCUGUGGGCCGAGCCUGAGUGGCCCAGGCAGGCGGAGGCGGAGUACAGCACAGUGGGCGCCCCCAGGGAAGAGCUUCACUACAGCUCGAUAGUAGUCAACAACCAGAGUCAGGAUUCUAAGGACACAGUUCCCCACCAGAGGCCCCCGCCGCAGAAUCCAGUAUACAGCGUGAUCAGGAGGACAUAGGCUGUGCCUCUGGCCUUGCCACCUGGAAGCCUCCAUGGGCCACAGGAAGCCCAAGGCUGGCCCCCCUCACCCUCACCCACUCUCCCCUCAGCCCAUUCCCCUCAGCGGCAACCGGCAAGGCAGCUGGGCACCUGCGGCUUGUGCCUCUGGCCCCGUCAGCCCCUCUGGCUUCACUGGGGACAAGCGGGGAUGGGGUGCUGGUGCAGACCUGCAGGAAUCGCUCCCACCCUGCUGGCCCUCGUCACAUCUUCCGUCUUUCUGCUUCAUUCUGGCUCUGUGUGGAGGGCGGGACCUCAGUCCUAUGGGACCCCAGGAACAGACGUGGCUUAUGUGGGAUGUUGCCUCCGAAAAGCUUUGUGCAUCGAGACCCUGUGGAGGUGUCUGGGGUUCCUGGCGGGGGCGGGGGGUCGGGGGGGCAGGAGAACUGGCAGAGAGCCAGGAAAAUGCAAAGGCACGGAGAUUGGGCCCCCUCAGCUCAGACAAAGGGACUGAGGCUGGAGAGAGGCGAGGCUUGCCCGCGGCGCCAGGACCAGCUGUGGGCAGCUGGUUCUGGACUCGUAGACAGGUUUAUUUUUGAUAUAUGAAACA